CGACGUGCUCGCGACGCUGGUGUCGGUUAUUGACGAUAAGAAACCGCACGUCGCGCCUAAAGUCACUGAACAGCAGAACCAUUUUCUAGAUUAUAAAAUUCGAUACAUUCCAUUGUCUCUUCAGUGCAGAAAGCACAAGCCGGUGGAUAAGAUCCGCUCUAUUCAUUCCAAAUAAAUUUCGUUGUGUACAAAUCAUAGGAUUCUGGGCAUCCUUGAGUAAAAGAAAGAUAGAAUUUGCAACAUUUGCCAGGAUUAUAUCCACGUGUGAGCUUACUGUCCACUAGGUUUUCACGUCUGAUAAAUUCUGCAAAAGGAACAUUUUGAGAGAUCGUCGUAUUAUUACAUCUAUAAUAAUGCCAGCUCAGUUUGAAAGUGCAAACAGUCCCAUUGUGAGAGAGCCAACCAUGAUGAACGGUAAUGCCCCGUAUACGCUCAACGAUGAAAUCGUCAUCAGCGGUUUUUCAGGCCGCUUUCCGGAGUCGAUGGACGUAGAAGAAUUUAAAAAGAAUUUAUUCGAUGGCGUCGAUAUGGUCACAGAUGAUGCACGACGAUGGCCUUCCGCUAUUUACGGUAUACCUACAAGAACCGGCAAACUGAAAGAUCUAGCAUCGUUUGAUGCUACCUUCUUUGGUGUCCAUGCCAAACAAGCUCACGUAAUGGAUCCACAGCUCCGUAUGCUUUUGGAAACAACGUACGAAGCAAUAGUCGAUGCUGGUAUUAAUCCAAACGAUAUUAGAGGGUCCAAGACUGGUGUAUUUAUCGGUGUUUCAGCCUCGGAUACGGAAGAAUAUUGGACUAACGAUCCAGAUGCCGUAAAUGGAUAUGCUUUAACGGGUUGUUGUAGAGCCAUGUUUUCGAACAGGAUUUCGUAUACAUACGAUUUCAAUGGGCCAAGUUAUGCAAUAGACACUGCGUGUUCUUCAUCUUUGUAUGCCAUGCAUCAAGCAAUCGCCGCGAUGCGUACGGGUGAAUGCGAUGCAGCGAUCGUUGGUGGUUGCAAUAUUCCCUUGAAGCCCGUAGGUUCGUUGCAAUUUCACAGGUUAAGUAUGUUGUCUCACGAUGGUACUUGCAAAGCGUUCGACGCCGAUGGAAAAGGUUACGUGAGAGCAGAAGCUGUCGGAGUACUCUUUUUGCAAAAGUCAAAGGAUGCACGCAGAGUGUACGCCACUGUACUGCACUCAAAGACAAACAUCGAUGGAAACAAAGUUCAGGGCAUUACGUUCCCCAGUGGUGACAUGCAGAACAAAUUAAUGCGCGAGAUUUACGAUGAAGUAGGCAUUAAUCCUGCCGACGUUGUAUACGUGGAGGCACACGGAACCGGUACUAAAGUUGGUGACCCGCAAGAAGUUAAUUCGAUCGCAAAUCUAUUCUGUAAAGGCAGAAAGACACCGCUUCUUAUGGGUUCUGUUAAAUCUAACAUGGGUCAUUCGGAACCUGCGAGCGGUGUUUGUUCUCUCGCGAAAAUGUUUAUCGCCAUGGAAACGGGCGUGAUCCCGGCCAAUUUACAUUACAAAUCUCCAAACCAAGACAUACCUGCUCUAAGCGAUGGAAGGAUACAAGUCGUAGACAAACCUACACCAUGGAAAGGUGGUCUUGUAGCAAUUAAUUCAUUCGGUUUUGGUGGAGCAAAUGCACAUAUACUUCUUCGUACCAAUUCGAAACCAAAGUUGUCCCCAGUGUUAGAUAGUAAAUUGCUCAAGCUUGUUACGGUAUCAGGUCGUACAGAGGAAGCUGUACAGGUACUCUUAGAUAAAGCUAUCGAAUAUGAGGAAGACGAUGAAUUUAUUGCCCUCCUUCACGAUACUUAUGCGAAUAAUAUAACGGGGCAUCUGUACCGUGGUUACGCUGUAAUGGGAAACAUUAAUGUCGAAGAAAUUAAUCAAUAUAACUCGCCGGAGAAACGUCCUGUUUGGUUUGUGUUUUCUGGCAUGGGAUCUCAAUGGGCAGGUAUGGGCAGAGAAUUGCUUUGCAUCGAACCAUUCCAAAGAAGCUUGCAACGAUGCGCUGACGUUUUGAAACCAGAGGGAAUUGACUUGAUGAAUCUGAUUUUGAACGGAACGCCUGAAACCUUCGAUAACGUUAUCCACAGUUUCGUGUCAAUCGCAGCCAUUCAAGUCGCCCUUGUCGAUGUACUGUCUCAUCUUGGUAUUCAUCCUGAUGGUAUUAUUGGACAUUCCGUUGGUGAAUUAGGCUGUGCCUACGCAGAUGGUACUUUUACUCCGGAACAAACAGUAUUGGCUGCUUAUUGGAGAGGAAGAUCGAUUAUGGAUUCGAAGCUACCGCCAGGAGCUAUGGCUGCUGUAGGAUUUAGCUGGGACGAAGCUAAGGCACGAUGCCCGCCUGACGUUUCGCCGGCCUGUAACAACGCGGCCGAUUCUGUAACCAUUUCCGGUGGAAUCGACGCAAUCAACAAAUUUGCGGAACAGCUGAAGAAAGAGAACGUCUUCGUAAAAGUAGUAGACAGUUCUGGUAUUGCGUUCCACAGCAAGUAUGUAGCCCCAGCAGGUCCAAACUUGCGUGCUGCGCUCGAGAGGAUUAUACCGAAUCCGAAACAACGAUCCCCUAGAUGGAUCUCUACGUCGAUACCUGAAGAAGCUUGGGGCAAUCCAUUGGCGCAACUUAGCUCCGCAGCUUAUCAUGUAAAUAAUUUAUUAUCGCCCGUACUUUUCCAACAAGGGCUCUCUCAUAUUCCGGAUAAUGCGAUAACGAUUGAAAUUGCUCCGCAUUGUCUGUUGCAAGCAGUUUUACGUAGAUCAUUGCCACCAACUGCGACCAACAUCGGUUUACACAAGAGGGAACACGCAAAUAACGUUGGCUUCUUCCUCGAGAAUAUAGGAAAAUUAUACAUGGAAGGUGCACAACCUAAACUAUCGAAAUUGUAUCCGCCGAUCACUUAUCCGGUUGGUCGUGGUACACCGAUGAUAAAUUCUCUCGUUAAAUGGGAUCAUUCCACCGAAUGGAGCGUAGCUUCCUUUAUGUCGAACGAAGGUACUUCUGGAGAAAGCGUGGUUGAAGUUGAUCUGUCUAAAGAAACUGACGCGUACAUUGCUGGCCAUACGAUUGACGGAAGAGUUCUUUUCCCGGCCACCGGGUAUCUGGUAAUUGUUUGGAAGACUCUUGCAAAAUUACGCGGUGUCGACUAUGAACAAUUACCGGUAAUCUUUGAAAAUGUAGCCUUCCAACGAGCUACAAUCAUGCCGAAGGAAGGUUCGGUCAAGUUUUUGAUCAAUAUAUUCAUGGGAACAGGUGAAUUCGAAAUUUGUGAAAACGGAGCCGUGGCGGUGACGGGAAAAAUAUCUGUGCCGGAAAGCACCGAAAAGAUGUUGUUGAAUUUGCCAGUGCCGGUUGUUCGAAACGAACGUGAAUUAUUGGAAUUGAAUCCCAAUGAUGUUUACAAAGAACUCAGAUUACGAGGAUACGAUUACAGCGGAGUCUUUCAAGGUGUUAAAUCCGCCAACAAUCGGGGAGGUAUUGGCAAAUUACUUUGGUCCAACUGGAUUCCAUUCAUAGACACUAUGCUUCAAUUUAGUAUACUCGAGAAGGACAUGAGAGCAUUAUAUUUACCAACUCGUAUGCAAUAUGCUGCCAUCAAUCCUACCGUUCAUCUUGAAUACGUUAAAAACUUAAAAGAAGACGAAGGCGUCCCGGUAUACUCUUACUCGAAUAUCGGUGUUAUUAAAUCAGGCGGUGUCGAAAUAAGAAAAAUGAAAGCCUCCUUGGCUCCGAGGAGACAACAAUCCCAAGCUGCACCUAAACAUGAAAAAUACACCUUUGUACCUUAUGUAAAUCCUCAACCAUUGGUACAAGAUCCUGACAAAGCAAAAGUACAAGCGCUCACGGUUUUAUUACAAACUAUUUGCGAAAACUCAAGAGGAAUAAAGGUUAAAGCUGUCGAAGUAGCUGAAGGUCGUCCUGCAGAUGUUCUUUUUGCAUCAACCGUGUUGGAAAUUCUUUACGGUGAACCCCAGAUUGCUGUUGACUUGCAAGUGACUACUACAGGUUCAGUUGACCAGUACAGUAGCUUAGCAGCAUUAAAUGUUAAAGCUAUACAGCGCGAUUUGAACACUGCAGCCGUUGGUCAAGAUCUAAAUCUUGUGUUGGCAUAUAACGUGCUGUCCAAUAAAUCAAACCAAUUGCAAAAUAUAUCGCAGAGUUUGAAGUCUGCAGGAUUUGCAUUAUUGGAAGAAACUAGUCAAUUUGAUCUUAAUUUGCUAAAGGCCACGGAUCUAGUAUAUGUAGGAAAACAAGUUACGCCUGGAAAGACUUACCUACUCUUGAAAAAGAAAGAGCAAAAAUCGAAACCGAUCGUUGUACACGUAACGGAAAAUAAUUUCAAUUGGGUUGAAAAUGUCAAGGCAGCUUUAAAAACAGCCGUGGCCAAAAAGGAGCAAGUUCUUUUUGUAAACCAAGGCGAAAAAUUAUUUGGUAUGGCUGGCUUUAUGAAUUGUAUUCAGCAAGAAGAAGGUGGUGCUGGGUCGCGCUAUCUAUUCAUCCAAGACAAGAACGCACCUAAGUUUAGUCUAGACAAUAAAUUCUAUGCUGAGCAAUUAGAGAAACAGUUAAUAGCCAACGUCUUGAAAGGAGAACAAUGGGGAUGUUACCGACAUUUGCAAUUGGAUCAGCAAAAUGGCGCGUCGUCUCUCCAAGUUGAGCAUGCUUAUAUUAACGCAUUGUACAGGGGUGAUUUGAGUAGUUUACGAUGGAUCGAAAGUCCAUUGAGCUAUUACCAACCAGAAAAAUGCCCGAACACAGAGUUAUGUUACGUAUACUACGCACCUCUAAACUUCAGGGACAUAAUGUUGGCGACUGGAAAAUUGCCACCGGAUGCUCUUCCUGGAAACUUGGCCAACCAAGAUUGUAUAUUGGGUCUUGAGUUUUCUGGACGUAAUUCAAAGGGUCAACGAAUCAUGGCAAUGGUACCAGCACGUGGUUUAGCAACCACUGUUGUAGCUGAUCCCGGUUUCAUGUGGGAAGUACCUGACAAGUGGACAUUGGAAGAAGCAGCAACGAUUCCAGUAGCUUAUGCAACGAGUUACUACGCUCUCUGUGUCAGAGGAGGAUUAAAACCCGGCGACAGUGUUCUUAUUCAUGCUGGAAGUGGAGGUGUUGGACAAGCUAGUAUUUCCAUAGCUUUGCACGCAGGCUGCACAGUAUUCACCACUGUUGGUACACAAGAAAAGCGAGACUUCUUGAAGAAAAUGUUCCCUCAAUUAACGGACAAGAAUAUUGGCAAUUCUCGAGAUACUAGUUUCGAACAACUGGUUCUUACUCAAACUAAUGGUCGUGGUGUUGACAUAGUACUCAACUCAUUGGCGGAAGAAAAAUUGCAAGCCAGUCUAAGGUGUCUUGCUCUAGGCGGCCGUUUCCUAGAAAUUGGAAAAUUCGAUCUGUCCAACGACGCGCCUCUGGGAAUGUCGAUGUUCCUGAAAAACACUUCUUUCCACGGCAUUCUUUUAGACGCUAUCUGCGAAGAUAAUGGUCCAGAGAGACAAGCCGUAGUAAAACUCGUUAGAGAAGGAAUAAAAAAUGGCGCCGUUCGUCCACUUCCUUCGACAGUCUUUACAGAACAGCAAAUCGAACAGUCGUUUAGGUUCAUGGCUACGGGUAAACAUAUUGGUAAAGUUCUGUUAAAGAUUCGAGAGGAAGAGAAGAAAAAAGUUACGUCCCCGGUACCCAAAAUAGUCGCAGCUAUUCCGCGUACGUACAUGAAUCCGGAAAAAUCGUACAUAUUGGUCGGUGGUCUUGGUGGAUUUGGUUUAGAAUUUGCAGACUGGAUGAUAACCCGUGGCGCGAAAUAUAUAGUAUUGACAUCACGAUCUGGAAUACGUACUGGCUUCCAGGCAUUAUGCGUUCGUCGUUGGCGCGAAAUGGGUGUAAACGUUUUGAUUUCUACAGCAGAUGUAACCACAUUGCCUGGAGCAAAACAACUCAUUAAAGAAAGUGCCGCAAAAGCUCCUGUCGGCGGAAUAUUUAAUUUGGCUGCUGUCUUACGGGACGAUUUGAUUGAGAAUCUCCAGGGUAGCGAUUUCGCGACCGUAGCAUUACCCAAAGUUACCGGAACUAAAUAUUUGGAUGCAGUAUCCCGGGAAUCUUGUCCUUCGUUGGACUACUUUGUUGUUUUCUCGUCUAUAACAAGCGGAAGGGGAAACAUUGGUCAAACGAAUUACGGUCUUGCAAAUUCUGCUAUGGAAAGAAUAAUGGAACACCGACAAUCGAACGGUUUACCUGGCCUUGCUAUACAAUGGGGAGCUAUUGGAGACGUCGGCUUAAUUUUAGAAUCACUGGGUGGUGGUAAUGAAACCGAAGUGGGUGGUACUUUGCCACAACGUAUUGCAAGUUGUCUCGAUACGAUGGAUACGUUCCUUCAACAACCUCAUCCCGUUUUGGCUUCCUGUGUUGUGGUAGACAAACGCAAACUCGCGGAUAAUACAAACAAAGUCAGCAUUGUUCAGGCAGUUGCCAACAUCUUGGGCAUUAAGAAAUUGGAGUCUAUCAAUACCAGUGUUACUUUGGCCGAUUUUGGAAUGGAUUCUUUAAUGGGAACGGAGAUCAAACAAACCCUCGAAAGGAAUUACGACUUAAUAUUGUCAGCACAGGAGAUUCGUACUUUAACGUUCGAAAAAUUAUCUGCAAUUGACUCUGGUUCAACAGAGGAUGUAGGAGGAGCGGAAGAAGCAGAAGAAAAUGUAGCAGAAUUUCUGUACCAAUGCGACGGCACAGAAAUUGUACCUACGGAGCCUCUUAUACAAUUGAAAACAAAGAAUUCAAAAGGAGUUCCUAUAUUCUUCGUUCACGCAAUCGAAGGAAUGGUAGCUGCGUUCAAGAGUGUAACUACUGAGUUGGAUCGACCUGCUUGGGGAUUCCAAUGUGUCAAAAAUGUCCCAUUAGAUUCUAUAGCAGAAUUAGCACACUUUUACAUAAAUGAAAUGAAAACAGUUCAAAAGAAAGGACCAUAUCACAUAGUGGGUUAUUCCUUUGGAGCUUGUGUUGCUUUUGAAAUGGCUGUUCAACUAGAAAGUGCAGGAGAAGUAGUAGUUUUAACUCUACUCGACGGUUCACCAGAAUUUAUAAAAUUACAUUCUGAAGCAAUUGGAAAACAAGCUACCCAAACGACACAAGAUGUAAGUUCAGAUGGUCUCCGAAAGUGUCUAUCAUUCUUUAUUAAGCAGUUCAAUCCGAAGAUUAGUUUUAUACAGGCAUAUACUAUGUUGAAAGAAAUGCCUACAGAAGAAGAAACAUUAAAUAAAAUGGUGGAAAUAAUAAAUAAUUCGCAAUUGAAAGCUGAAGACUUGAAAGUUGCUGGUUACUUAUUGUACAAAAAGUUGCAGGCAGCUUAUUUCUACAAACCAAGUAGCACAUAUAAUGGAGAAAUCAGAUUGAUUAAAACUAACGAGAACUUUAUUCAACUAACGAACGAUUAUGGUUUGUCAGAGAUUUGCAAAAACAAAGUGCGAGUCGAAGAAUUCCCUGGUAAUCAUAGAAGCCUUCUAAUGGGAGACAGUGCAACACAAAUUGCAAAAAUUCUACGAACGUAAACUUUUUUCUACUCAUUAAAAUAUAAAAAAAAAUUGAGGGAAUAAUCUACUACAAUUAUAUCAUUAUUUAAAUGUGCAUAAAUGUUGCAUAGAUACAUUUUAUAAAGUAUCAAUGUACUAUAACAGAGAUCAUCAAAACUUAAUAUUUAAUAUUUAAUAUGAUUCCUACAUAUUCUUUGUAAAGUUCCUUUUGUACAAAUGUUUCUCCCUUGAGGUUUCCACUCGCAUUGUUCAUAUCAUUUGCAUUAUUAACUUACAUAACGGAUUUAUAUUCUUUAAUCAUAAAUAUUUUAAAUUUUAUGAAAUGAAAGGUAUGUGUCAAGAUAACAGUGUAUCUUUAGUUUCUGUUUUUUAAUUUGUAAUAAUUUCAAGUAGUACAAAGGGGUAUUACUACAAUUAUUUAAUGAAUCUUAAGUAUAAAUAUUUAUAGUACAUUUCAA